UGAAUCCAUCACAUCAGAAGCAGCCAGCUCUCCAAUGAGUGCAUUGCCUUCUACGGCAUCAGCAAAGAGCACAGUAACUUCUUCUAUUUCCAAAACCACAACACCAACUCCAGAGCGUCGUGUAUCCUCCACAUCUUCCCCAGAGAGUAGCACUGUGAAACUGGAAGAAUCGCUUGUGACUUUCUCCACCUCUUCUAUUCUGGAGAGAACAACUUUGAUUCCUGUAAGUGGAGAGAUCUCUACUACUGCCACUUUGAUUUCUUCAGUCUCACACCAAACAGAAUCUGUUAGUCCUCAUGAGAUGAGUAUGACGAGCUUGGGCACUUUCAGGACUUCUACAUCCCCUACAAAUAUAAUAUCAACUUCUACUUCAGAGACAAGGAGAGGGCCUGUUACCCCCACCCCUAGCCCCUCUCCUGAAGGAAAUCUCUUUACGAGUGAAGCCAAUAUUGCAUCCACAUUACUUAGCACAACACCAGUUGAAACUGUUUCUCCCACUUCCAAACCUCCAGUGACAACUGAAUGUUUCACACUCAACUUCACUACAAAGAAUGUGAAGUAUGAGCCACCGAUGAGUGAUCCCAAGUCAAAGCUCUUCAGCGCAACAGAAAGAGUCUUCAGGAAAUUGUUUGGAGAGAUAUUGAAGACCAGCAAGAUUGGUCCUCAUUUGAUCAACUGUAAUUUAUCAACAUUAAGACCUGUGAAUCAGGGCAAGAGCAUCGGAGUAGACAGUGUCUGCUGCUACCGUAAAACAGCUAAUGCUCCCCCUUUUGAUCGAGUGAACAUAUAUCGUAAAUUCAUAAAUGAGACCAACGGUUUCACCAAGAUGAGGAAUUACAAGUUGGACCCAAACAGCCUUUUUGUUAAUGAUUAUCAUGAAGCACCACCUCAGACCACUCUUUCUCCCACCUCCAAACCUCCAGUGACAACUGAAUGCUUUACGGUCAACUUCACUACGACCAAUUUGAUCUAUAGGUCAGAAAUGGCUGAUCCCACAUCAAAGAUUUUCAGCAAAACACAACAAUUAUUCAUUAAUAUGUUGGGACAGAUAUUGAAUACCAGCAAGAUCGGUCCUGAUUUGAUCAACUGUAGUUUAUCAACAUUAAGACCUGUGAAUGAGGGCAAGAACACCGGAGUAAACAGUGUCUGCUGCUAUCGUAAAAACACUACUGCUCCCCCUUUUGAUCGAGUGAACAUGUAUCAUAAAUUCAUAAAUGAGACCAACGGUUUCACCAAGAUGAAGAAUUACAAUCUGGACCCAAACAGCCUUUUUGUUAAUGACUAUCAUGAAGCAGCACCACAGACCACUCUUUCUCCCACCUCCAAACCUCCCGUGGCAACUGAAUGCUUUACGGUCAACUUGACUGUGACCAAUUUGAUCUAUAGGCCAGAAAUGGCUGAUCCCACAUCAAGGAUUUUCAGAUCAACACAACGACUCUUCAUUAAUUCGCUGGAACGGAUACUGAAUACCAGCAAGAUUGGUCCUGAUUUGAUCAACUGUAGUUUAUCAACAUUAAGACCCGUGAAUGAGGGCAAGAACACCAGAGUAAACAGUGUCUGCUGCUACCGCAAAACCACUUCUGCUCCCCCUUUUGAUCGAGUAAACAUAUAUCAUAAAUUCAGAAAUGAGACCAACGGUUUCACCACGAUGGAGAGGUACAACUUGGACCCAAACAGCCUUUUUGUUAAUGAUUAUCAUGAAGCAGCACCUCAGACCACUCUUUCUCCCACCUCCAAACCUCCAGUGGCAACUGAAUGCUUUACGGUCAACUUGACUGUGACCAAUUUGAUCUAUAGGCCAGAAAUGGCUGAUCCCACAUCAAGGAUUUUCAGAUCAACACAACGACUCUUCGUUAAUUUGCUGGGACGGAGAUUGAAUACCAGCAAGAUCGGUCCUGAUUUGAUCAACUGUAGUUUAUCAACAUUAAGACCCGUGAAUGAGGGCAAGAACACCAGAGUAAACAGUGUCUGCUGCUACCGCAAAACCACUUCUGCUCCCCCUUUUGAUCGGGUGAACAUAUAUCAUAAAUUCAGAAAUGAGACCAACGGUUUCACCAAGAUGGAGAGGUACAACUUGGACCCAAACAGCCUUUUUGUUAAUGAUUAUCAUGAAGCAGCACCUCAGACCACUGUUUCUCCCACUUCCAAACCUCCAGUGGCAACUGAAUGCUUUACAGUCAACUUCACUACAAAUAAUUUGAUCUAUCGGCAACAGAUGAGUAUUCCCAAGUCAAAGCUCUACAUCUCAACACAAAGAGUCUUCAGUAAAUUGCUGGAGCAGAUAUUGAAGGCCAGCAAGAUUGGUCCUGAUUUGAUCAACUGUAAUUUAUCAACAUUAAGACCCGUGAAUGAGGGCAAGAACACCGGAGUAGACAGCGUCUGCUGCUACCGUAAAACUGCUACUGCUGCCCCUUUUGAUCGAGUGAACAUAUAUCAUAAAUUCAUAAAUGAGACCAAUGGUUUCACCAACAUGGACAGAUACAACUUGGACCCAGACAGCCUUUUUGUAAAUGAUUAUCAUGAAACAUCACCUCAGACCACUGUUUCUCCUACUUCCAAACCUCCAGUGGCAACUGAAUGCUUUACAGUCAACUUCACUACAAAGAAUUUGAUCUAUCGGCAACAGAUGAGUAUUCCCAAGUCAAAGCUCUUCACCUCAACACAAAGAGUCUUCAGUAAAUUGAUGGAGCAGAUAUUGAAGGCCAGCAAGAUUGGUCCUGAUUUGAUCAACUGUAAUUUAUCAACAUUAAGACCCGUGAAUGAGGGCAAGAACACCGGAGUAGACAGCGUCUGCUGCUACCGUAAAACCGCUACUGCUGCCCCUUUUGAUCGAGUGAAUAUAUAUCGUAAAUUCAUAAAUGAGACCAACGGUUUCACCAAGAUGGAGAGGUACAACCUGGACCCAGACAGUCUUUUUGUAAAAGAUUAUCAUGAAGCAUCACCUCAGACCACUGUUUCUCCCACUUCCAAACCUCCAGUGGCAACUGAAUGCUUUACACUCAACUUCACUACAAAUAAUUUGAUCUAUCGGCAACAGAUGAGUAAUCCCAAGUCAAAGCUCUACAUCUCAACGCAAAGAGUCUUCAGUAAAUUGCUGGGACAGAUAUUGAAGGCCAGCAAGAUUGGUCCUGAUUUGAUCAACUGUAGUUUAUCAACAUUAAGACCAGUGAAUGAGGGCAAGAACACCGGAGUAAACAGUGUCUGCUGCUACCGUAAAACCACUUCUGCUCCCCCUUUUGAUCGGGUGAACAUAUAUCAUAAAUUCAGAAAUGAGACCAACAGUUUCACCAAGAUGGAGAGGUACAACUUGGACCCAAACAGCCUUUUUGUUAACGAUUAUCAUGAAGCACCACCUCAGACCACUCUUUCUCCCACCUCCAAACUUCCAGCGGCAACUGAAUGCUUUACGGUCAACUUCACUGCGACCAAUUUGAUCUAUAGGUCAGAAAUGGCUAAUCCCACAUCAAGGAUUUUCAGCACAACACAACGAUUCUUCGAUAAGUUGUUAGGAGAUAUAUUGAAAAAGAGCGACAUUGGUCCUGAUUUGAUCAACUGUCGUUUAUCAACAUUAAGAUCUGUAAAUCAGAGGAAGUACACUGGAGUAGACAGUGUGUGCUGCUAUCGUAAAGCUGCUACAGCCCCCACUUUCGAUCCAAUCAAUAUAUAUCAGAAAUUCAUAAAUGAAACCAACCAUUUCACCAAGAUGGGGAGGUACAACCUGGAUCCAAACAGCCUUUUUGUUAAUGGAUAUUCACCAUCUACAACUGAUUCAGCUCCAGAUCUAGUAGGCUAUGAGCUUGGUUUCAAAAUUAUCAACAACAACUUGACUAAUACAAAUCCAUUAUCACCAGAAUAUAAGCAAUUGAUGGGUUCCAUCAGUAACGAGUUGAAUCAACUCUUCCACCAGAGUUCCAUCAGCGAUGGAUUCAAAAUUUGUGCUGUAACUAAAUUAAGAAUCGGUUCCAUCAUAGUUGAUUGCAAGUGUUACUUCCAUCCUGCAAGGAAUAUCAGCAAAGAAACCGUCAAAAAUGUCUUUCAACAAGAGACCCAGAAUGCCACCUCUCAGUGGCUGGGUAGCAGGUUCCAAUUCAUGAGCUUCACCAUUGAAGCAGUAACCAAUCAGCCCCCACACAUGCUAAAGGUGAAGAACUUCACUGUAAAUUUCACCAUUAUCAACUUGCCAUACAAGGACAUGAAGGAUCCAAAGUCAGAAGUUUAUCAGAAAACCAAAGCGAGCAUCAAGGAUGAGCUCAACCAUCUAUAUCAACGCAGUGAUCUGAACAAGAGUUUUGUGGGCUGUUCUGUGAAAAACUUGAGACCCACUAGCCAUGAAAGUCAAACUGAUAUCAGUUCUCUCUGCACAUUUGCAGUGGACUUUGGCUCAAGGACUUUUGACAAAGACCUUGUGUAUGAUAUAUUUAAAAACCUGACUCAGAAUGCCUCCCUAAUGGGGAAAUACAGCCUGGACAAUAACAGCAUAAAUAUUAACGCAUAUCCUUCAGCCAUGGCAACAACAGAACCACCCAAACAAGAGCUCCCUUACUGGGCCAUCAUCCUCAUAUGCUUCUCCGUCUUACUGGGUUCUAUCUUUUUCUUUCUUCUGUGUGUCUUGACUGUUGUGUGGGUGAAGAGGAGAGCAGGCAAGUACCAGAUCCAAAGGAACAUUUUUGGCCUCUAUUUCCCAUGCAUGGGCAUGCAAAAAUCAUAGUGAUGUGGAUUUUGGAAACUUGACUUCAUCCCUGCAAGAGGACCCUUUCCAUCUUGCACAUAUUGUGCAACAAAAAUAUGUUUACUAUAGCUGGAAUGAAUUUCUUGAUGAACAAAGAUACUGCAUAUUAUGUGGAAGACUGCCAGACUGAUAGAUUGAUGGGGUGCCCUGUCAUAUUUAUUUUUUAUGUGUUGUGAAACUUAGAGUCUUUUUAAAUAUCUAUAAAAACUACAGAUUAGAUUAUUUAAGUGCCAAAAAAAAGAGAGAGAGAGAGAGAUUCUGCCUGGAGCAUGGAUCAGUAUUAAACAAUUUGCAUUCUUUUGAGACUGCAAAGCAUCAAUGAACUCUUGCACAUUUAAAAAUGUAAAUAUAUAUAUAUAUACUGUAUUCUUUUGCUCAAUCAGUAAACAUUUCACUUGUGUUUGUUUUUUAAAGCAUGAAUUUUUGUCUUUCAAAGACAAUUAAGUUGUUGAAAUGGAAGACUUACAGUAUUUUUAUUUGAGCUGCAAUUAUGUCAUACUGUACUGUACUACACUGUACUGUAAUAUCUGUUUUCAAAAUAAUGUAUUUUGGGUAGAGAUGAUUUUCAAUCCUUUUUUAGAUAUUUCAAACGUUCCUUAUUUUUUACAAAUCAAUAAACAUGAGUAAGAAAAUGAAAAACAAAACAAAA